AGCACCUGCUUCCAACAAGGAGGUGGAGAAAAUGCUGUCAUGAAAACGUCCAACUCCAGAGGCUGGCACUGACACUUGUGCAGGAGGUUGGAUGGUUCUGAGAUUAUGCACAGGUUAUUUUCAUAAUCUUGAUUGGGGAAAGUUCGCCUUGUGUUUUUUUUCUUUUUUGUUUCCAGAAGGGAAAAGCUGUGGUGUGACUACAAAGCAGAGUCACUUUUGGAGUCCCAUCGUGUUGGAGUUGUUACAGGUUAUGAUAGGUGUACUUUUCGCCUUUGUGUCAGCUCAACAAUGAUGAUAUUUCCGUCUGUUUCUGAGUCGCAUUUUAAUGCACCACAAACUGUUGCCAGAGUUCCCUGCCCCUGGAUGGGAGAUGUGUUCUUAUCAAACAGCCUCCGGGUGCAAUCAGGAGUUCGGGACCUUUGAGAAGACGCCUCUGGACUUGGAUUGUCUCGGACUUAGGAGAAAGAUCCAGCUUUCUGAAAGAGUAGUGACAGAGGCGCGCAGACAUCAGUGAUAAAAGUUGGACAGAAAGUACACUUUCUGUAAGAAAACUGAUGCGCGUGAGAAGGGAUGCCAGCCAGGCGUGGCUAGUGCUUGAAUAUCCAAUGUGAGAAUGCGUGGGGAGUAUGUAUAUAAUAGAGGCUUUUCAUCUGAUAAACAGAUAGAUCAAAGUGAUCAUUAAAGGAAAGGGCGAUCAAUAAAAGGGACGCCGCUGAUUUGGAGGAGCACCGCGCGCUGGGUACGCUCUGUGCGUGCAUGGACCGGACUUGUUUAAACUUUUUCUCCUAUUCGAGUCACCGUAAAGUACAAUUGAAAUGCCGUCGCUUAAUUUGACAGCUGUGCACACAAUGGCAGAGGUCGGGAGUUUCCUGGGGACGAUCGACCUGGAUUUACAAAGCUUUCCUGCACUCGGGAAUAUGCCCCUACCGGAGUCUCCAGUGGGCUUAAAUGAGCAGCUGGGGCAGAUUGAAGGGAGGCUGCAGCGGGGGUCGCCGACGGAUUUUGGGCACCUGAAAGGGAUCCUGAGGCGGCGGCAGCUCUACUGCAGGACCGGCUUCCAGUUGGAGAUAUUUCCUAAUGGGACGGUGUAUGGGACACGGCAGGACCACAGCAGAUUUGGCAUCCUGGAGUUCAUCAGUCUGGCAGUGGGUCUGGUCAGCAUCAGAGGGGUGGACGCUGGACUCUACCUCGGCAUGAAUGAGAAAGGAGAGCUCUAUGGGUCGAAGAAGCUGACGGCUGAGUGCGUGUUCAGGGAGCAGUUUGAGGAGAACUGGUACAACACCUACGCCUCCACUCUGUACAAGCACACGGACACAGGACGCUUCUACUACGUGGCUUUAAACAAAGACGGCUCGCCCAGAGAGGGCGGCAGGACUAAAAAGCACCAAAAACUCACCCACUUCUUGCCCAGGCCAGUGGAGAUCGAGAAGAUCCCUCAGGCGUACAGGGACUUAUUUCAGUAUAGGUGACCAGCGCUUACAUUUGGAGCAACAGAUGUAACAGUAGAAGAAGACGAGGGGGGUGUUGUGGGUAUUUUGGACCCAGAACAGAACUGUUUACCCUCAACUCCUUCACUGUGUUUACACCUCAGCCCACCGCCAAGCACGUUACAGCACUGACAUAAACAUUGUGCAUGUUCCUUGAUGCUGCUGCUUCAGUAGACUUGUGACCUCAGAAAAGGAGGGAAAGUCUUAUAAAAACCACUGCGGACAUGGACAAGAUGAGCCAAUCAGACGCCAUGUUUUCUCCAUUACCACUUGAGAGAAAUGCGUAGAAACUGAAGCAACAUGCAAUGACAAGUGGAGUCAUGGCUCUUGGCAGAUUUGCGAAGUACUAAGCUGUAGUGGGAGUUAAGUGAAUGAAGAGACUUUUAGGAGCUCCAAAUGGUGGAAAGCACUGCAGAUGUCAAUUUGUGCAUUUGUCAAAGAAAAUACACAACCAUAAUGAUGGUGAGUUUGGGCACAUUCCAAAUAUAUGGAAAUAUUUUGGAGAAGCAGGGCUGGAAAUCCAUACAAAUGAAUGUGUGUGCUGCGUGUAGGUGAAAGGUUGAGAUAGCUAAGAACUAAAGAGAAGUCUUAAUGUGGAACCAGUCAAGAUAGAGCACUUACCGCACAUCCCCAGUCAUUCUGACUCUCUCUCAUGGGUCUUAUCAUAACUUUUUAAUGUUAGCAUAUUGUAGAAGUUGAAUGCAAACAAGUGAUAAAGCUUGGGACAGAAGCAAGUCCUUGACUUUGGUUGUAAAAGAAGACCUAAUGGGUGUGUUUUUUUUUUUUAAAGAUGGUGACUUGUAAUGUUCAGAGUGUCAGGAACAUUAUUAAAAAUGCAAGCAGCUGAGGUGUACAUAUGGGUGAUCCUAUUUAUGAGAUGUACAAUAUAUUUAUUUUCUACAUAUAAAGUAUAAAUAUAAAUCUAUAUAUUUAUUUAUUGCAAAGACUUUAUUUUGUAAAGAACUUGAAGUUAUCUGGACUGUAGAUUCUACUGAGAUUAUACCACAACACAACUACAACGAAAACACAAACUGCAAUGAACGUGACAAUUAAAUUGUCCUGCUUUCUUGACCUCUUUGUCAGAGACUAUUUUUGCUUGGAUAAACAUCUGAUGUACCAAUUAA